UGAGAAACAGCAACUCUGUUUCAGUUCACAUUGUAACGGGUUUCUGGAGAGAUUUGAGACUUUAACUGCAGCGGAUCAGCUGGAAUAAACACAUCUGGUUACAGUCAACAUGUUUCUUCUUCUGAGUGUUUUCUUCCUCCCAGCUGCUUUGGUUCAUUGUGCCGAUAACGAAGCUCAUCUCGUCAUCACUGCACCAAAGAAAAUGGUAGCAAUGAAUGGAUCCUGUUUGAUGAUCCCGUGCAGCUUCGGACCUGCUUCAGAGGAAGAGUUUCAAAACAAGAGAAAAAUAGUUGCAGUGUGGCUCAAAGAUGAUCCACAUUUUAAGGAUCAUCCAGAAAGAAUAGUUUUUAACAGCAGUGAUGCAGUUAACUACCCUGACAUCAGCAUCAUUGGAGACCUGAAAGAAAGAAACUGCACCACCAAGUUUAAUAGAUUCAUCCAACCUUUAAAAUACACAAUGUUCUUCUUUAGAAUUGAGAAUGAAUCAUUCAAAGUUACAGCUGCUUUUGAUCCUGUUGAAAUUAAACUGAAAGGUUCUCCUCCGAGGCCCAGAUUAGAAGUCUCAGGUGAUCUGAAGGACCUGAAGGAGAAGGAGUCUGUCACCAUAACCUGCUCAGCUCUCACUCCCUGUCCACACUCCCCUCCUCAACUCACCUGGAGCCUCCAACAAGACGCUCACAGCCAAACUGAGCAAAACACAGACGGAACCUUCAGCACUCAGAUCCAGAAGAACCUCACUCUGUCAGACACACAUGAUGGAUUGAAGAUCCGCUGCUCUGCUGUGUAUCCUGUUGAUGGAGGAAAAGCUGUGAAAACACCUGAGACAGAGUUAACUCUCAAUGUUUCAUAUGCUCCUAAAGACACGACAGCCUCCAUCAGUCCAUCAGGGAGCUGGGUGACCCUGACCUGCUCCAGCAGAGCCAAACCUGCCGUCAGCAGCUUCACCUGGUUCAAGAACAGUGACCAUGGAGCCAUCAGAGUGUCUGAAGGAGACUUUUACACCUUUAAUGUGGCCGACUUAACAGAUCCAACAAAUUUUUACUGUUUGGCUGAAAAUGCUCUGGGUAAUCAGACGUCAUCGUGGAUUCAUGUGAUCAAAGCAGAUGAACAGAGGUUUGGACUGGUCUUCAAAACACUGAUGACUCUGACUCUCUACUGUACAAUCAUCAUCUUUGAGUGCUGGUUCAGAUGGAGCCUUUACUGCAAACAAGUAAAGGACUCCCCAGAAGCAGACUACGUCAACACACAGGAAACCUCAGACCACUAGAGGGCGUCAGAGUCCUGGACUUGACGAGUUUGAUGGAUCUGUCUUCUCAAAGGACAUCAGAGCCAGAGGUGAAAGUCUUCCCUGCUCUGGCCUCUUGUGGCUGCAAGACACACCAGCAAAACAGC